GCAAGGAGGAGGCGACAAGGCCGGGCAGGCGGCGGCGGCGGUGGCGGUGGCGGCAGCGGUGGCCGCUGGAGGAGGAGGGGGGGCGGCGGGCAGCACCUCGCGGGCGCCGGCCCUUGCCAGAGCAAACACGUAAUCGACUAAACCAAACCAAGAGGAAGAAGAAAAUUUGAGAAGGCUCCCAGCAUCUCAUGAAUGAACUAACGGAACUCGAUAAUGCUGGUUCUCCAGAGCCAGGUCUACGGCUCAGAAAAGGACACAUGUCUGACACUGCAACAACACAGGCAGCCUUUGAAGAGGACAGCUCUGAGCAGAAGCUUCUUCUAGUGGAGCCACCUCAGUCUUCUGACCAGGAAAGUUGUUCUGAGGAAUCUAAACACAACGAUGAGUCACCUCAAGAAGACGAAGGGUUUAUGGGUAUGUCACCUCUUCUACAAGCCCACCAUGCUAUGGAGAGAAUGGAAGAAUUUGUGUGUAAGGUAUGGGAGGGCCGAUGGAGAGUCAUUCCCCAUGAUGUUCUGCCUGACUGGCUGAAGGACAACGACUACCUGUUGCACGGACACAGACCACCCAUGCCUUCCUUCCGGGCUUGUUUCAAGAGUAUCUUCAGAAUACACACAGAGACUGGUAACAUCUGGACACAUCUCUUAGGAUGCGUGUUCUUUCUUUGUCUGGGAAUCUUCUACAUGUUCCGGCCAAACAUGUCCUUUGUAGCACCUGUGCAGGAGAAAGUGGUUGUUGGAUUGUUCUUCUUGGGAGCCAUACUCUGCCUCUCCUUCUCAUGGCUCUUCCACACAGUUUAUUGCCACUCGGAAGGUGUUUCCCGGCUCUUCUCUAAGCUGGAUUAUUCUGGCAUUGCACUUCUCAUAAUGGGCAGCUUUGUACCAUGGCUGUACUACUCCUUCUAUUGCAACCCUCAGCCUUGCUUCAUCUACUUGAUUGUGAUUUGUGUCCUGGGCAUCGCAGCCAUAAUUGUCUCACAAUGGGACAUGUUUGCAACCCCUGAAUACCGGGGUGUUAGGGCAGGAGUAUUUCUAGGUCUGGGUCUUAGUGGGGUUAUUCCCACCCUGCACUUUGUCAUCUCUGAGGGGCUCCUGAAAGCAGCCACAAUGGGGCAGAUAGGCUGGCUGGCACUCAUGGCAUGCCUGUACAUCACUGGUGCUGCACUAUAUGCCGCCCGCAUCCCGGAGAGAUUCUUCCCUGGCAAGUGUGACAUCUGGUUCCACUCCCAUCAGCUGUUCCACGUCUUUGUCGUGGCUGGUGCUUUCGUGCACUUCCACGGGGUCUCCAACCUCCAGGAGUUCCGUUUCACGGUGGGAGGAGGCUGCUCAGAGGAAGAUGGGAUGCAGUAAAAACCAGCCUUCAGCCCGAGAUCGUAACCAAAACAGCACCGCCAGCGCGGUCGAAGCGUACAGGCUAGCGAAACGAAUACCUAAGAAGAAUCCAAGUUUCAGCUGAUGGGGCGUGGAGCUUCAUGGGGGAUUCUGACUAACCAAUAUAAAUCCUAUACCUCAAGCAAUGGAAUGAAUCAAUUUGAAGACCAGGAAAUUCUGAAACCCUAAUUUAUUCUUGGGAUCUACAGAUUGAGCUACAGAGGACCCUUUCCAAAUCGGCUUCUGUUCAAUGCCAUAUUUAUUUGUAGAAGUGGGGAGGGAUAGCUUAGCAGUUUCCUUUUUUUUUAAAAAGAAAAAAAAAAAACCAAGGUUAAAUUUAUAUCCUCUUGGAGGGUCUGGGAGUUGAUUUUAGAUGCUCUUUUGGGAGAAAAAACAAAUUGUAAAUAAGAUUUCUAACUUUCUGUUUAAAUAAAAUUUAUAUAAAUGUUUUAAACAAUGGGUGGGGGGGGGGAAAGGGUUUUUGUAAAGAAUGCAACAUGCAAGUACCACACACUGUUUCAAUUUUGCACAAAACAAAUGAUUGCAGGAGGACCAGGUAAAAUUCCCAGGAGUGAAGCAUGUUGGCCCUGUAGAUUUUUUUUUUUCCUGGUGGCCAGCAUGUCCUGGGCAAUGCAGGGUCCUGGCCAGCACUUGGAGUGGGUUCAGUACGUGUACACAAGGGUUGUGGAGGCUGGAUUAAUCACGUUGUCAUCCAGGUCACAGUGUUAGGAGGUUGAUUUACUCAAGGAGAGAUAGAUCUGUGUCCUGCCUCGGUGUGUGGGACGGCUGCCUCCCGAGCUCGCGUGGCCUGUGUAGUUUGGGAUAGCGGAUCUUACAGUAAGUUUGUUUUUCUCCUGGUAUGAAUUGGAGCGUGAUGGGAUAACUGCACAUGGAAUGGGAAACAGUCCGACUCCACCAGUGCCUGCCUAUACCCAGAGGCUCCCGUUGAGUAGAUGGUUGCCGUUUGCAGGCCUGCCCUGGUUUGUCUGAACAAACGAUGGCUGGUAACGCACUUGUCAAAAGAUAGUUGAGCAUGUGAGGGGAAACAGAGGUGGGGUUAAGAUGGACUGGAAAGAGGAAGCUGUGCGCUCCAGGGCUUGGAGUUAACAGUUACUGCAGACCUCAAGCACAUUACCUUCUCAUGUGUCAGGCUCCAUAUGCCAAGGGAGUUUGCAGGUUUUUCUUUUUAAGAGGAAAAAUCCACAAUCAGCCCAAUGCAGUUCCAUUAUUAUUUUUUUUUUUUUUUCUUCCUUAGGUCUGCUUCCCAUCUGUGCUUUAGCAAUGGGACUGCUGGUAUUUCUUAAACCUAAAACUAAGAGUUCAGUUGAAUUGCUGUGGAGCAGACGCACCUCCUAUAAAAGGGGAGGCAUAUAUCCCUCUCUUGUGUAAUUGAUGUAGCUUGAUCUUUGGAGCCCAGUCAGAAGCUAAACUGAAGGAGAAUCUUUGGAGUCAUGAGAUGAAACUUGAACGUUUUGUUUGUUAUGGCACAGGUAUUGCUUGGAGUGUUUAGUUGGAAAUUCAGAGCAAUUACCUCUCUCACAGAUGAGUUAAACAGCUCAUAAAAUGCUGUAUUUCACAAGAAAGGAAGGUAAAGGGUGGUUUUCUUUGUUUUGCGUUUUUUUUUUUUAAGACUCCUGCAAGUGUGAAUUUUCAUCCUUCAAGAGAAAAAUGUGGAUUGCAAAGAUCUUCCCGUACCCUGGAUGUCAUGGAGUGUGUUUUUGGGGGGAGGGAGGGGGUUUCUUUGCCUAAUGAAGUAGAAGCAGAACGCCUUCCAAAAGUUGACUGGCUAUUAAGGCUUCACCCCUCGAAUGGAGUCUUUGUAAAGCCUCUGAGAGCAAGGUCAGCUGCAGAAAGCGGUGCCGCGGCGGAGGCCGCGAGCCGAGAGGGAUGUGUUCUCAGUAGGAUGGCUACACUGGAUGCCUGUAGGGCCAGAAGUUGUUGAUCCCAGGUCUGCGUGGUACUAAAAUGAAGUAAAGAGCAGUAUUAAUUUGGAUGUAAGGGCUAAUAGCACUGGCAUCCUGGACAAAGAGGUGGAGUUGCCCGGCAGGGAGUAUAGUGGUGUCUGAGAAAAGCGUGGUACAUAUCAGAGUCGGAGUGGUCUGUAGGGUGCUUUGGGAUACCUGUUACAGUACCAGCAGGAGGGGCAGUCUCCAUCCUGGAAAAUCCCACCUUCACUCCAUGAAGGGUGAUUGUUAACCUGGUCCUACACAGCACAGAACUUCUUACAAAAACACAGUACUCCACCUGCUAUUCUUAACCCAGUCAGUCUCUCCGUUCGAGAAGUUUGUGUUCCAAUAAAAACAACCUAGCUGUGCACUUUUCUGUAGCUCUUGCUGAGAACUCUUCCCAGGUUGGCACCUGAAUGCCUUACUCUCAGCAGUCAAGAGGCUUGCUUGCUCUGUGUGCAGGUUAUUGCCAUAGAAUAGUUAGGACCUACAGCUUCUUUCCUUCCCCAUUAAAUAGUGGCCUUGUUCAGUAUAUUUCUUUUUAAAAAUUGCUUACUGUUGAAAGCAAUGAAGCACAUUCUGGGGUUUUGAUGGCUGGGGACUCUGGUGAUGGUUCCAUAUAAGAUGGGAUCUUAUUACUUGCUGUAUUCUUAACUUCUGCUAAUAAAAGAACCAAAUGGAA